GCGAGACACUUUCACAUGUUCAUUUUCAUAAGAAGAAGAUCGACUUACAGAUUACUUUAAUGGUCGUGGACUAGGCGUAAAUGCUGCUAAAGCAGCCUUUUUACAUCGACAGUUAAAGUUGAAAUUAUGGCUGUGCGAGUACUCGAAAUAACUCUAUAUGGUAUAUGGUAAAAACAAUCGUAUAUGGUAAAAACAAUGAUUGAAAGUUUAGGCGAUGAAGAAUUGGAUGAAGUUCUUCCUCUAAAAAAUGUUAAGUCUGAUACUCUGGAAAAGGUUAUUGAAUUCGCUACUCAUCAUAAAAAUGAUCCCAUGCCAAAAGAAGAUGGCACGGAUGAAAAAACUCAAAUGACAGAAUGGGAUCCAACAUCUCUAAAGGUUGAAUUGGACCCUCUUUUUGAACUUACUUUAGCAGCCAAUUAUUUAGAUAUGAAAGAUUUGUUAGAUUUGGUAACCCAAUUAAUAGCCAAAGGACAUUUUACAGAUACAUCAGUAGACGGACUGCAGAAGACUUCAGAAAUAUUGAUGCCAAAGUAGAGAAGCUCAUCCACCCUCUGCUUCUAAUGAUUUCAAUGCCUUUUUUUAAAAUUAGACGAAAUAGUUUUAAUUAAAUAAGAGACCUAGUUAUAAAUACUUAUUGUUCGUGAUAAAAAUUACUAAAUAAAGCAGAUAUUCAACUAUUAAAAUAUAAA